GGCUGGCCACCCCUGAAAGCUGAUCACCUCGGCUCUCCUCCGAGCUUAACUUCUAGGAGGAUUCCACUCCAGACCACAGGACACUUCCUGCUUCAACCCUUUUCAACUACCAGGGCUUUUAAGACCUCGCAUCGAAAAUGGCUCAGGCACCAACAGUCAUCGUGACUCAACCCGGAUUUGUUCGUGCUCCCCAAAACUCCAACUGGCAGACCAGCCUGUGCGAUUGCUUCAGCGACUUCGGAGUCUGCCUCUGUGGGACGUUCUGCUUUACGUGUCUUGGGUGUCAAGUGGCAGCUGACAUGAAUGAAUGCUGUUUGUGUGGGACAACUGUGGCGAUGAGGACCCUCUACCGAACCCGAUAUGGCAUUCCCGGAUCUAUUUGUAAUGACUAUAUCACCACCCUCUUCUGUCCUGUUUGCUCUGUGUGCCAAAUCAAGAGAGACAUUAACCGGAGGAGAGCCAUGAAUGCUUUCUAAGGAGCUGGAUGGGGAGAGCUCUUGCUGAAGCCGCUGAACCCAGAACACACCUCUUCAGCCGGAGUAUUUCCAAAUCUUUUGCAACUGAGAUACGAUGGAUGACGAGAUAAUUCCAAGAAGAUGGCAUUUUAGAAAUUCGACUUUCUGAUUUAUUUUAAAUGGAUGUUGCUGUUUGACUUGGCUUCUCCUCGCUCCCGUAUCAUCAAAUAUUCCAGCUUAUGAUUAUUUUACACUUGAAACAUAAACCAAAUAAAAGAUUUUACUAAGAGGA